AGACCCGCCAAAGAGGCUCAGAAAUGGACAUCAUCAGGACCCUGAGCUGGACAGAUGUUAAAGCAACAUUUCCAGGAAAAAAAAUAUAUAUUUUAUUUAACCUAUUCAGUGCUUUUGACAGUCCUGGUUAGAUUGUCUCUCUUCCCUGCGAACGUCAGAGUCUCUGCCUGAGCUGAAGAUGCCAAACUGGGGUGGAGGAGCCAAAUGUGCGGCCUGUGAGAAGACGGUUUACCAUGCUGAGGAGAUCCAGUGCAACAGCCGCAGCUUCCACAAAACCUGCUUCCUCUGCAUGGCUUGCCGAAAAGGUUUAGACAGCACAACAGUCGCAGCACACGAGUCUGAGAUUUACUGCAAAUCCUGCUAUGGCAAGAAAUAUGGCCCAAAAGGUUAUGGGUAUGGCCAGGGAGCUGGAGCGUUGAGUUCUGACCCCGUUAAUAAUGAAGAACGUCAGCCUCAGGAGCCCAAAACUCCCCAUCCUGCAUCUGCUAACUCAAACCCAAGCAAGUUUGCACAGAAGUUUGGGAGUACGGAUCGCUGUCCUCGCUGCUCCAAAGCCGUUUACGCAGCGGAGAAAGUCAUGGGUGCUGGAAAGCCCUGGCACAAAACCUGCUUCCGCUGUUUACUCUGUGGGAAGAGCCUGGAGUCCACCACAGUGACGGAUAAAGAUGGAGAGCUCUACUGUAAAGUUUGCUAUGCCAAAAACUUUGGUCCAAAGGGGCGUGACCUGGGGAACCUGGGUGUGGUUGAGGACAAUGAAUGACAAGCUUAGAACAACCCAUGGCACACAACAACCGAGUAUGACUCUCAGAAUUUGCCCCCUAGUGGCAGUCCUGAUUCAUUUCUUGCAGGUUCAGUAAAGGAGCGCAAUAGCAAGAGCAUUUAACCUCCAAACAUUCCCCAAAGUGGAAUAAAUAAAAGUGUGCAAAAAUGAAA